CCCCGUGACCACCAACAUGAGAGCCCAUCAUCAUCGCUGACAGGUUGAUAGUUUUCUAUCAGCGUCAGCGUCAUCUUCUCGUUAGCAUCCAACUGCAGAAAGAAUUGCUGUAGACCAAAAACACCGUGAACACAGCAAUCAACAAUCUACAAACCCCUCCGCGAUUCAUCUUCGGACUUUGAGCAUCACCUCUCUCGACCUCAAUCCCAAUAACCACAUCCACCUUCCAUCCCUCCACGACAUCCCAAACCCUCGCUCUCAAUCACCAUGUCCUCCCCACACCCAACCUCCACCUCUUCACCCCCUCCACAUCCCUCCCCCUUCCCCACCCCCACCAAACAAUCCCCCAUCAUCAUAAUCGGCACCGGCCUCUCCGGCCUCGUCGCCGCCUUUGAGCUCUCGCGCGCCAACCUCCCCUGCCUGCUUCUCGACCAAGAACCCCGCUCCUCCUUAGGCGGACAAGCCUUCUGGUCCUUGGGCGGUCUCUUCCUCGUCGACUCCUCCUUCCAGCGACGCAUGGGCAUCCGCGACUCGCGCGCCCUCGCCCUGCGCGACUGGUUAUCCUCUGCGCAAUUCGACAAGCUCGAGAAGGAAGAUUACUGGCCGCGCAAAUGGGCCGAGGCCUUUGUCGAGUUCGCGACGGACGAGAUGGAAGAGUAUGUGAAAGCGAGGGGAUUGGGGUUUUUGGUGAAUGUUGGGUGGGCGGAACGUGGAGAUGGAAGGGGAACGGGGGGACAUGGGAAUAGUGUACCGAGGUUUCAUGUCAGUUGGGGGACGGGGCCGGAGGUCGUAAGGGUUUUUAAGGAGCCGGUGGAGAAGAAGGAAAGGGAGGGAGUGGUGGAGAUGAGGUUUCGGCAUUGUGUGGAUGAGAUUGUGGUUGAUGAAGCUACGGGACGGGCGGUAGGAGUGAAGGGGAGGGUUUUGGAAGAGGAGGAGGAGGAGGAGGAGGGGUUGGCGAGGGGGAUGAGCAGUUCGAGGGUGGCGACGGGGGAGUUUGAGAUUCGUGGUGCGGCAGUGAUCAUUGCUAGUGGAGGGAUCGGAGGGAAUCUGGAGAAGGUCAAGAAGAAUUGGCCGAUUGAUCGGCUGGGCCCAAAAGUGCCGGCGACCAUGGUCAUGGGCGUGCCGGCGCAUGUGGACGGGCGGAUGAUUGAUAUUGCGGAGGGCGUGGGCGCAAGCGUGAUUAACAAGGACAGGAUGUGGCAUUACACGGAAGGACUCAAAAACUGGGAUCCCAUCUGGCCAGGGCACGGGAUUCGAGUGCUGCCGGCACCGUCUUCGCUCUGGCUGGACGCCACAGGCAAGAGACUGCCUCCGUUCCUGUUCCCGGGGUGCGACACGCUGGGCACCCUGAAGCACAUCUGCAGCACGGGGUACGACUACUCGUGGUUCAUCUGCAACCGCACCAUUGCAGCGCGGGAGUUUGCGCUUUCGGGAUCGGAGCAGAACCCGGACCUCACCAACAAGAGCAUCGUGCAGACGCUGUGGCAGCGCGUCUUCAGCUCCAACGGCACCGUUCCUGUGCAGAACUUCAUCAAGCAUGGCGAGGACUUCGUCGUGAAAGACAACCUCGAGGACCUGGUGGCCGGGAUGAACGAGCUCAUGGAAAAGACGGGCGGUGUCCGUCUCGAUUACGCCGCGAUCAAGGAGGAAGUCGAGGCACGAGACAGCCAGUUCGACAACCCGUACUCCAAGGACGCGCAGGCGAUGCUCAUCAACAGCACAAGGAAUUACUGGCCGGAUCGGAGAAGCCGUGUGGCGCCGCCGCACAAGUUGUUGGAUAAAAAGCACGGCCCGCUGAUUGCGGUCCGGAUGAAUCUGCUUACGAGGAAGACGCUGGGUGGCAUCGAGACGAACUUGAGCAGUAAUGUCAUGCGGACGAAUGGCACUCCUUUCCCGGGCUUGUACGCGGUUGGAGAGGCGGCAGGGUUUGGGGGUGGUGGUGUCCAUGGCUAUAAUUCUCUCGAGGGAACAUUCUUGGGAGGAUGUAUCUUCUCUGGUAGAGCGGCUGGUCGGGCUAUUGUUGAAGAGGUUCUGGGAACAACUGGCUUGCAAGCGAAGCUUUGAAUGGGAUCUUGGGGGAUCGCGGUGUCAAGGGUGAGUCCACAAAGUAUUGGAAAAGUCACUUCAAUUGAAAGUUUGGCAUGGUUUCAGGUCACGAUGAACUUGGCACAAUAAGGAAAGAAGC